AUGCUAUCAAACACAAAUAACAACACUAAAGAAAACAAGGAUAAUCUGAUGAACUUCAAGGUGCUGUCUAGAUACGACGAUCUAUUUACAGAUAUAUUCUUGGACAACAUGUUCUUGUGGUUUGCUACGAUCAAGAUGAACAACGACCAUCGUAAACCAAGGGUCUCCAACCAAACCAUCCUGGAUAUCAUUCAGAGAAACAUACUGGAGAAGGCAAGGCCCAUGGAUGCUGUAACGGAACUAUUAGCACUGGGCUAUUUCAAGCAUUAUCUCAUGGCCAAAAACCAAAAGCAAGUUCAGGAAUUCGUCCAGCAUAUGAAACGGUAUUUAUACAUGUACAUGCCCAAUGCAGGCUAUGAGGUAGGAGAUACGAGACGCUAUGGCAGCAAUGGACGCAGAGUGGAAGCCUGUUUGGUCGCUACAAAGGAUUGGCAGGUUGGCGAUGAAAUGCGGUUGUUGACCGGCAUGAUAGCAUGUUUGGAUCCAAAGGACGAUGCCGAAUUGAAGAGGGGCAAUCGCGAUUUCAGCGUCAUGUGGUCUACCCGCAAGAACUGCAGCUGUUUGUUUUUGGGUCCUGCCCGCUUUGCCAACCACGAUUGUGAUAGCAAUUGCAAAUUCAUAUCCUUGGGUCAGAAUUCAAUCACUUUCAAGGUGCUGAAGAAUAUCAAAUGCGGCGAAGAGAUCACUGUGUACUAUGGCAAGCAUUAUUUUGGCGAAAACAACUGCGAAUGCAGAUGCAUUACAUGUGAAAAUUUGGGUAUGGGAUAUUUUGCAUCACUUGAAACAAAAGAGAGCACACCAAUCGACAUGAAAGAAGAGGAGCAAGGUGGUACCAGGCGUAGUACGCGGAAGCGAAAGUCGGCUUUACACGAAGAAUACGUCGAUUACUCGCAAUCAAACUCACCAUCAGCAUCUCCUAAUCCAAGCACAAGACGCUCAAAGAGAGCUUCCAUUGAGCCAUCACCAAAACCUUCCAAUUCAUUGGAAGAAUUGAUUGGAGAGCAGCAGCAACAGCAGCAGCAAAUGAUGGAAUUGGACUCACACAUCACCAUCAAAAAGGAAGCGACUCCACCCAUGCCUGUGUCACCGACCACUGCAACGACAGAGAGAAUGGCUCGAUUGAAGGUCAUGAGCAUUGAUUUCUUGUGUGGGAGUGAUGAGGAAAUGUCGCCUGCACCAAAAGAUCGCAGAGUAUCGGACUGUCCAUUGCUUGAUUUGUUGGUAGAUGCUGCGAUGGAUGCCGGUUAUUUGAAAUCAGAAGAGCAAACACACCAUCAUCACCAGUCGGGUCAAAUCACAGUGGUAGUGAAUCCAGAGAUCCAUCGUGAUGCUGCUCAUCGAGUCUACAUGCAGCAACAACAGGAGCAACAACAGCAUUUCCAAUAUCAGCAUCCACAUCAAGAGCAAUCAAAAUCAAAUCUACAAAUAUCCAGACACAGCAAAGAAUCGCCGACACAGCCGGACUCGCCACAGUCAUCUUCAUUAGACUCAAGUGAAUCAAAAGCGGAUUCAGCUGUCAGUCUAUCACCUCGACUCCAAUUGAACAGCAUCAAGAAUGAGGAGGAGGAUUGCAAGCAUUUCUUUAGACGAGAAAUGGACGACGGUCUCUUUGAAAGCCAUGAUGAUUUUGAUGAUUUUUUGGAUGAUGUGUCGGAUCUUUCGUCUGUUGGUAGCACAGAAUUGGAAUCAGAGAUGGAAGAGGUGCCAGUUGCCCCUGCCAGAAAAGCCAAAAAAUCAGCAUCGCCUCUGUCUGCGCAUGGCCAUCGUCAGCAACAAGCUCCUCUAGCUUGCAUCGCCUGUUCUCGUCCCUUGAAGAAGGAAGAUAUCUCGGAGCAAGUAGGAGCGGAUAUGUCAAUCACCAAUGAGCUAGCAACAUGGACAUGGAGCCCUAGUGCGAUAUUUACUGAUUGGAAUCCCAAGAGAUGUCCACGUUGUGAGCGUCACCGUCUCAUCUUCAAGCAAGAAUGGCCAAACCGAAAGAUCAAAAAGAAGAAGCCAUUAUCUGAGGAUGAAAAUGAAGAUGACAAGAAAUCAAAAUCAUCCGGCAAUAACAGCAGUAGUGGUAGUAGUAUAAGCAUCAAACGAAAAAAGACAAAGAAGAAGCCCACUGUACACAAGAAAUCUGCCCUGUCAUCUUCUCCCGUGAUUGUAGCAGCACAAAUACCAGCAGCAGCAGCAACAACAACAGCCACAACACAAGCACCAUCCACGCCCGUAUAUCAGAUGCAAGAUGAUCCAGCAGACUUAAAUUAUAUACCACCAUCACCUCUAUCUGAAGCUCCUGACGAUGAUGAUGACGAUUCAUUCUAA